GCCAAUGCCUGCUUCUCUCCGUUCUACAGGCAGCAGGUGGGGUUGUUUCCCGGAGAGUUUUGUCCCCAAAACGCCCUCCCUGUGCCGCAGUGGGAGAUGGAGGAGAGGAUGACGGAUGUCAGAUGGACACGGAGCAGGUGCUGCGAGUAACGUACGGGGAAGGAUGGCGGAAGGGGGCGAGGGAGAGGAGGAGAUCCAGUUCCUGCGAACGGAUGACCAGGUGGUUCUGCAGUGCACUGCCUCCAUCCUGAAGGAGCAGCAGAUUAAACUCUGUCUAUCCUGCGAGGGGUUCGGGAACCGCCUCUGCUUUCUUGAGACCACCUCCAAUGCCCAGAAUGUGCCUCCAGACUUGGCAAUAUGCAAUUUUAUUCUGGAGCAGUCGUUGUCGGUGCGUGCUCUGCAGGAGAUGCUGGCCAACACGGUGGAGAUGACCGAGUCCUCACAAGGUGGCGGCCAUCGCACCUUGUUGUACGGUCACGCCAUCCUUCUCAGGCACAAACACUCGGGCAUGUACCUGAGCUGUUUGACCACAUCUCGGUCGCUCACAGACAAGCUGGCCUUCGAUGUGGGACUACAAGAAGAUUCCACUGGUGAGGCGUGUUGGUGGACUAUUCAUCCCGCCUCCAAGCAGAGGUCUGAAGGUGAAAAGGUCCGGGUGGGGGAUGACCUCAUCCUUGUCAGCGUGUCCUCUGAGAGAUACCUACACCUGUCCUAUGCCAGUGGAGAUCUGAUGGUGGACGCCUCCUUCAUGCAGACUCUGUGGAAUAUGAAUCCCAUUAGCUCAGGAUGUGAACUAGCUGAAGGGUUUCUGACAGGCGGCCACGUUCUCAGGCUGUUUCACGGCCACAUGGAUGAGUGUCUGACCAUUGCCACACCGGAGGAAGGAGAGGAGAAGCGCAGAAUGGCUCACUACGAAGGCGGCGCUGUGUGCAGCCAGGCUCGUUCCCUGUGGAGGUUGGAGCCUUUGCGGAUCAGUUGGAGCGGUAGCCACUUUAAGUGGGGUCAAGCGUUCCGCAUCCGCCACAUCACCACAGGCCGGUACCUGUGUCUGGAUGAGGAGAAGGGCCUGGUGGUGGUGGACUCAGACAGAGCCAACACCAAACUGUCUGCGUUCUGCUUCCGCGCAUCAAAGGAGAAGGUGGACGUGGCUCACAAGCGAGACGUGGAGGGGAUGGGCAUUCCAGAGAUCAAGUAUGGAGAGUCCAUGUGUUUCGUGCAGCAUGUAUCCACCGGCCUGUGGCUCACAUAUGCGGCGCUGGAUGCCAAAGCUGCUCGUCUGGGAAUGAUGAAGAGGAAGGUCAUCCUGCACCAAGAAGGACACAUGGACGACGCCCUCACUGUGUCCCGCUCCCAGACUGAGGAGUCUCAAGCAGCUCGUAUGAUUUAUAGCACCAUGGGUCUCUUCAGACAGUUUAUCAAGGGUUUGGACUCUCUGAGCGGGAAGAACAAAUCUCCCGGGCCUUUGUCACUCCCUCUGGAGGGCGUCAUUCUCUCCCUGCAGGAUCUCAUCUUCUACUUCCGUCCUCCCGAGGAAGAGCUGGAGCAUGAGGAGAAGCAGACCAAGCUCCGCUCCCUCCGCAACCGGCAGAAUCUCUUUCAAGAGGAGGGAAUGAUCACCAUCGUGCUGGAGUGCAUCGACCGGCUCAAUGUGUACAACACAGCGGCCCACUUCUCUGAAUUCGCAGGCGAGGAAGCGGCGGAGUCCUGGAAGGAGAUUGUCAACCUCCUCUACGAGCUGCUGGCUUCACUCAUCAGGGGCAACCGCUCCAACUGCGCAUUGUUCUGCGACAACCUGGACUGGUUGGUCAGCAAACUGGACCGACUGGAGGCCUCAUCAGGUAUUCUGGAAGUGCUCUACUGUGUGCUCAUUGAAAGCCCUGAGGUGCUAAACAUCAUCCAAGAAAACCACAUCAAGUCCAUCAUCUCUCUCCUGGACAAGCAUGGAAGGAACCAUAAGGUUCUAGAUGUCCUGCGUUCUCUCUGUGUGUGCAACGGCGUCGCCGUGAGGUCUAAUCAGAAUCGCAUCACGGAAAACCUGCUUCCGGGGCGCGACCUCCUGCUGCAGACCAACAUUGUAAAUUAUGUAACCAGCGUUCGGCCAAACAUCUUCUUGGGCACCUGCGAGGGCUCCACGCAGUACAAGAAGUGGUACUACGAGAUGAUGGUGGACUAUGUGGAACCAUUCGUGACGGCGCAAGCGUCGCACCUACGCGUGGGCUGGGCCAUGACAGAAGGCUACAGCCCCUACCCUGGAGGCGGGGAAGGUUGGGGAGGCAAUGGCAUGGGUGACGACCUCUACUCGUACGGCUUCGACGGCCUCCACUUAUGGUCAGGCACUGUUGCGCGCCAGGUGGCCUCACCCAGCGCACACACACUGGCCGCAGACGAUGUGGUCAGUUGUUGUCUGGAUCUGAGCGUGCCCAGUAUCUCCUUCCGCAUCAACGGUCACCCUGUUCAGGGCAUGUUUGAAAACUUCAACGUGGAUGCCCUCUUCUUCCCUGUCAUCAGCUUCUCAGCAGGUGUCAAAGCUCGCUUCCUCCUGGGCGGUCGCCACGGAGACUUCAAGUUUAUGCCCCCGCCGGGCUACGCGCCGUGCUACGAGGCUCUGCUUCCCAGGGAGAAGAUGCGCAUCGAGCCCAUCAAAGAGUACAAGCACGACUUCAACGGUGUGCGGAAUCUGCUUGGGCCCACCCUGUCGCUCACCCACACCUCUUUCACCCCCUGCCCCGUGGACACAGUUCAGAUUGUGUUGCCGCCACACCUUGAGAGAAUUCGAGAGAAGCUGGCGGAGAAUAUCCACGAGCUCUGGGCGAUCACUCGCAUCGAGCAGGGAUGGACUUAUGGGACUUUCAGAGACGACAACAAGAAGCUUCAUCCCUGCUUGGUGGACUUUCAGAGUCUCCCUGAGCCCGAGAAGAACUAUAACCUGCAGAUGUCCGGAGAGACUCUCAAGACUCUACUGGCUCUGGGCUGCCAUGUGGGCAUGGGUGAUGAGAAAGCUGAGGAGAACCUCAAGAAAAUCAAGCUACCAAAGACCUAUGUCAUGAGCAACGGAUACAAGCCCGCGCCGCUCGACCUUAGCCACGUCAAGCUGACACCCAACCAGAACCAGCUUGUGGAAAAACUGGCAGAAAACGGUCAUAAUGUUUGGGCAAGGGAUCGCGUACGGCAAGGGUGGACUUACAGCAUUGUGCAGGACAUCCUCAAUAAGCGAAACCCUCGUCUGGUGCCUUACAACUUGCUGGAUGAGAGAACGAAGAAGACCAACAGGGACAGCGUCAACAAUGCGGUCCGCACACUUAUUGGCUACGGCUACAACAUUGAGCCUCCAGACCAAGAAAGUACUGGCCACGGCCAGGAGAAUAUCCGCGGCGACAAGGUUCGGCUCUUCAGGGCCGAGAGGUCAUACGGCAUCACGCAAGGGAAGUGGUACUUUGAGUUUGAGGCCGUAACCACGGGGGAGAUGCGAGUGGGCUGGGCUCGUCCGAGCGUCGGCUCUGACACCGAACUGGGUGCGGAUGAGCUUGCUUACGUCUUUAAUGGCAAUAAGGCACAAAGGUGGCACAUUGGCAAUGAGCCCUUUGGUCGUCAGUGGCAGUCUGGUGACGUGGUGGGCUGUAUGAUCGACUUGACGGAGAUGAACAUCAUGUUCACGCUAAAUGGCGAAAUGCUGAUCAGCGACUCUGGUUCAGAGAUGGCUUUCAAAGAUAUUGAAAUUGGAGAAGGUUUUAUUCCAGUGUGUGCAUUGGGCUUGUCCCAGGUUGGAAGGAUUAAUCUUGGCCAGAAUGUCAGCAGCCUGCGCUACUUUGCCAUCUGUGGCCUUCAGGAAGGCUUCGAGCCCUUUGCCAUCAACAUGAAGCGAGACAUUACCAUGUGGUUUAGCAAAAGCCUGCCCCAAUUUGGGCCCGUCCCCGCUGACCACAACCACUUGGAGGUGUCCCGCGUGGAUGGGACAGUGGACAGCGCCCCCUGCCUGAAGCUGACCCACAAGACUUUUGGCUCGCAGAACGCCAACACAGACAUGAUGUUCCUCCGGCUUAGCAUGCCCGUCCAAUUCCAUGAGACCUUCAAGAUCCCGGCGGGUACCACGCUGCUCACCCGCGCGCUUACCAUACCCGAGGAUGAAGUGCUGGUGGUGGAGCCCGACUCGGAGUUUGAAGUUCUAAAGAAGUCGGCCAGUCGCAAGGAGCAGGAGGAGGACAAGAAGGAGCCGUCUGUACCAAAGGAGAUCUCUGUGGAGAAUGAGAAGGACACUAUGUCAGAGAAAGGAAAGAAAAGAGGAUUUUUCUUCAAAGCCAAGAAGGUGGCCAUGACACCUCUUGCACCUCCUCCUGCCCCUCCUACAGUGCCCCGUUUGGUGGAAGACGUGGUUCCUGACGACCGAGAUGACCCUGAGAUCAUCCUGAACACCACCACUUAUUACUAUUCGGUGAGGAUCUUUGCUGGACAGGAGCCGACCGGCGUGUGGAUCGGUUGGGUUACCCCUGAUUACCACCAGUUUGAUCCAAAUUUUGAUCUCUCCAAAGUACGGAACGUCACUGUUACUGUGGGUGACGACAAAGGCAACAUACACGAUAGUAUGAAGCACAGCAACUGUUACAUGGUUUGGGGAGGGGACCUGGUCAGCACUCAGCAGACUCGCUUCAGCCAGGAGGACAUGGUGGUCGGCUGCCUGGUGGACCUGGCCACGGGCCUCAUGACCUUCGCUGCCAAUGGCAAGGAAAUCAACACCUUCUACCAGGUGGAACCCAACACAAAGCUAUUCCCUGCCGUCUUCAUCCAACCUUCCAGUCAAAACAUGGUACAACUGGAGCUGGGAAAACUCAAGAACAUCAUGCCGAUCUCGGCUGCGAUGUUCCGCAGUGAGCGCAAGAACUCGGUGCCCCAGUGCCCCCCGCGGCUGGACGUCCAGAUGUUGACCCCGGUCAUCUGGAGCCGAAUGCCCAAUCGAUUCCUCAAUCCGGAGGUGGGAAAAGUGAACGAGACGCUGGGCUGGAUGGUGGAAUGCACUGAGCCGCUCAUCAUGAUGGCCCUGCACAUCCCGGAGGAGAACAGGUGUAUUGACAUUCUGGAGCUGUCGGAGCGCCAGGAUCUGAUGAAGUUCCACUACCACACUCUCAUGCUGUACUGCGCUGUGUGUGCCCUGGGCAACAACCGGGUGGCCCACGCGCUGUGCAGCCACGUGGACGAGUCACAGCUCUUCUACGCAAUCGAGAAUACCUACCUGCCCGGUCCACUGCGCAGCGGCUACUAUGACCUCCUCAUCAGCAUCCACCUGGAGUCGGCCAAGCGGGCGCGUCUGGGCACCAACAAGGAGUUUAUCGUGCCCAUGACGGAGGACACGCUCAGCAUCAACCUCUAUCCGGACGUCAAAAAGGCCCAUUCCCUGCCCGGUGUGGGUCUCAACACCUGCUUGCGACCUAAAUUGCAUUUCUCAUCAAUCAACUUUGUGGGGAUGGAUCCCGACCUGUAUACGCUUAGUCCCAUUUUCCCACUGCAGGAGCUGAAGACCUUGGCGAUUAGCAUGCUAACCGAGGCUGUGCUGGAUGGUAGCCAGGCCAUGCGCGACCCAGUGGGAGGCAGCGUGGAGUUCCACUUCGUCCCCAUACUCAAGCUGAUCAGCACGCUGCUCAUUAUGGGCAUCUUCAACGACGAAGACACCAAACACAUCCUGAAGAUGAUCGAUCCCAACGUGUUCAGCGGAAAGGAAGAAGAGGAGGAAGAGGCAGUAACGGAGAUGGUGAAAGGGGAAGGGGACGGAGAAAGCGAGGAGGAGAAGGAGGAGGCGGAUGAGGCCGAGCUGGAGGUUGAGGGUGUGGACGAGGAGGAAGAGGAGCUGAAAUCUUUGGAGAAAGGAGAGCAUGAGAAUGAUGAAGAGGCUGAGCCGAAGGAGGAGGCAGAAGAGAAGAAGGAAGAAGGGGACACCAAAGGUGGAAAGGUAGAUGGAGAAAAUGCAGAAGAGGAGAAGGAGGCAGAAAGGCUGGAGGCAGAAUUAAAAGAAGAAGAGGGUCCUGAGGAGGGAUUGCUCCAGAUGAAGUUGCCAGAAUCUGUCAAACUGCAGAUGUGCACACUUCUCCAGUACUUCUGCGACUGUGAGCUGCGGCACCGCGUGGAGGCCAUCGUGGCCUACUCGGACAAUUUUGUGCAUGAAAUUCAGAGCAACCAGCGUGUCCGUUACAACCAGCUGAUGAGAGCCUUCACCAUGUCGGCGGCCGAGACUGCGCGCAAGACUCGCGAGUUCCGCUCUCCUCCGCAGGACCAGGUUCUUUUGCUGACCAAUUUCAAACACAGUCCAGAGGAUGAAGAUUGUCCCGUGCCCGAGGAUGUGCGAGACACUCUAGGAGAGUUUCACAAUGACCUCCUUCUUCACUGCGGCAUACAUAUCGAGGAGGAGACAGAGGAAGAGGAGGUGGACACCUCGCUGAGUGGAAGACUCCUCAGUCUGGUGGAUAAAGUGAAAAGCUUGCGAAAGAAGGAAGAUGAGGAGAAGCCUGAGGCAGAGGAGGAACCCAAACCCAGCACCCUUCAGGAACUGAUCUCACACACCAUGAUCCACUGGGCUCAGGAGUCGUUCAUCCAGAACCCGGAGCUGGUGCGUCUGAUGUUCAGCCUUCUCCACCGUCAGUACGAUGGCCUUGGCGAGCUCAUCCGGGCACUGCCUAAAGCCUACGCUAUCAACGGCGUGUCCUACCAGGACACUAUGGACCUGUUGGAGUGCUUGGGCCAGAUCCGCUCGUUGCUCAUCGUCCAGAUGGGCCCGGAGGAGGAACGCCUCAUGAUCCAGAGCAUCGGAAAUAUCAUGAAUAAUAAGGUGUUCUACCAGCACCCCAAUUUGAUGAGAGCUCUCGGUAUGCAUGAGACUGUCAUGGAAGUGAUGGUCAAUGUGUUGGGCGGGGGAGGAGACUCAAAGGAGAUCCGCUUCCCCCAAAUGGUGACCAACUGCUGCCGCUUCCUGUGCUACUUCUGCCGGAUCAGCCGACAGAACCAACGCUCCAUGUUCGACCAUCUGAGCUACCUGCUGCAGAACAGCGGCAUCGGACUGGGCAUGCGGGGCUCCACUCCUCUGGAUGUGGCAGCAGCUUCCUGCAUUGACAACAACGAGCUGGCAUUGGCAUUGCAGGAGCAGGAUUUAGAAAUGGUGGUGACAUACCUGGCAGGCUGCGGCUUGCAGAUGUGCCCCAUGCUGCUGUCCAAGGGGUACCCCGACAUUGGCUGGAACCCCUGUGGAGGGGAGCGGUAUUUGGACUUCCUGCGCUUUGCAGUCUUUGUGAAUGGGGAGAGCGUGGAGGAGAACGCCAACGUGGUGGUGCGCCUACUCAUCCGCCGGCCCGAGUGCUUCGGCCCGGCGCUCCGAGGUGAGGGCGGCAAUGGUCUGCUGGCCGCCAUGGAGGAGGCUAUCAAGAUCUCGGAGGAUCCAUCAAGGGAUGGACCCACUGUCAAAAAAGACAGACGCUUCAUGUUUGGUGGUGAGGAGCAGCAGGAGGAGAGCCGUGUGCAUCUGGGAAAUGCCAUCAUGUCCUUCUACUCGGCCCUUAUUGACCUGCUUGGCCGCUGCGCCCCCGAGAUGCACCUGAUCCAAGCAGGAAAGGGUGAAGCUCUGAGGAUCCGAGCCAUCUUGAGGUCUCUGGUGCCCAUCGAGGAUUUGGUGGGAGUCAUCAGCUUGCCUGUGCAGAUUCCUUCGCACGGCAAAGACGGUCAGGUUGUCGAGCCCAAGAUGUCUGCCAGCUUUGUGCCCGACCACAAAGCAUCCAUGGUCCUCUUUCUUGACAGAGUGUAUGGUAUCGAGAACCAGGAUUUCCUUCUCCAUCUGCUGGAGGUCGGCUUCCUGCCUGACAUGAGAGCUGCAGCUUCUCUGGAUACUGUGGCGUUCAGCACCACUGAAAUGGCCUUGGCACUGAACCGCUACCUCUGCUCGGCCGUCCUGCCUCUGCUCACUAAGUGCGCUCCCUUGUUCGCUGGCACUGACCACCGCGCCAUCAUGAUCGACUCCAUGCUGCACACUAUCUACCGGCUGUCCCGCGGUCGAGCCCUCACGAAGGCCCAGAGGGACGUCAUUGAGGAGUGCCUCAUGUCACUCUGCAAGUACCUCCGGCCAUCCAUGCUUCAGCAUCUGCUCAGGAGACUGGUGUUUGAUGUGCCCAUCCUCAACGAAUAUGCAAAGAUGCCACUCAAGCUUCUGACCAAUCACUAUGAGCGCUGCUGGAAGUACUAUUGCUUGCCUAAUGGCUGGGCCAACUAUGGGGUGACCUCAGAGGAGGAGCUGCAUCUUUCUCGCAAACUGUUCUGGGGAAUUUUUGAGUCUUUGGCCCACAAGAAAUUUGAUGCAGAGCUCUUCAAGAUCGCCAUGCCUUGCCUGUGUGCGAUAGCAGGGGCUAUCCCGCCCGACUACGUGGAUGCCAGCUACUCUUCUCACACCGAGAAGAAAGCGUCUGUGGAUGCCGAGGGCAACUUUGAUCCUAAACCAGUGGAGACUACCAACACCAUAAUCCCUGAGAGGUUGGACAUCUUUAUAAACAAGUAUGCAGAGCAUACUCAUGACAAAUGGGCAUUUGAAAAGAUUCAGAACAACUGGACCUACGGAGAGGUGUUAGACGAAAACGCGACGACUCACCCAAUGCUGAGGCCAUACAAAACGUUCUCUGAAAAGGACAAGGAGAUCUAUCGUUGGCCAAUAAAAGAGUCCAUCAAAGCCAUGCUGGCGUGGGAGUGGACCUUGGAGAAAGCUCGAGAUGGCGAGGGAGAGGUCGAGAAGAAGGCCGCCACUCGGAAAAUCUCCCAAACUGCUCAUGCCACGUAUGAUCCCAGCCAUGGUUACAGCCCUCAACCAAUAGACAUCACGGGAAUGGCUCUGUCCAGAGAGCUGCAGUCUAUGGCUGAGCAGCUGGCUGAGAACUACCACAACACGUGGGGCCGGAAGAAGAAGUUGGAGCUUCAGUCCAAAGGUGGCGGUACGCAUCCUUUGCUUGUGCCUUACGACACCCUGACUGCCAAGGAGAAGGCCAGAGACAGAGAAAAAGCCCAGGAUCUGCUCAAGUUCCUCCAGCUCAAUGGAUAUGCCGUGACCAGGGGCAUGAAGGACAUGGAGCAGGACAUCUCAUCCAUUGAGAAGCGCUUUGCCUAUGGCUUCCUCCAGAAGCUUCUCAAAUGGAUGGACAUUGCCCAGGAGUUUAUCGCUCAUCUCGAGGCUGUCGUUAGCAGCGGUCGAGUGGAGAAGUCACCGCACGAGCAAGAGAUCAAAUUCUUUGCCAAGAUUCUCUUGCCACUUGUAAAUCAGUACUUCAAGAACCACUGCCUCUACUUCCUCUCUACCCCCGCUAAAGUCCUGGGAAGUGGUGGACAUUCCUCCAACAAGGAGAAAGAAAUGAUCGCGAGUAUCUUCUGUAAGUUGGCUGCUUUGGUGAGGCACAGAGUUUCUCUUUUUGGAACGGAUGCAGGCGCCGUGGUCAACUGCCUUCACAUUCUGUCGCGCUCGCUGGAUGCCAGGACUGUAAUGAAGUCAGGGCCCGAGAUUGUCAAAGCCGGGCUGCGCCAGUUCUUUGAGAGUGCUGCUGACGACAUUGAGAAAAUGGUGGAAAAUCUCAAGCUGGGUAAAGUGUCCAGUCGCAACCAGGUGAAAGGCGUGGCCCAAAACAUCAACUACACCACCAACGCUCUGCUACCCGUCCUCACGUCUCUGUUCGACCACAUCGCUCAGCACCAGUUUGGAGACGAUGUCAUGAUGGACGACUUGCAAAUCUCCUGCUAUCGGAUAAUGUGCAGCAUCUACUCGCUGGGCACAGUAAAAACGCCACAUGUUGAAAAACAGCGUCCUGCUCUUGGCGAGUGUUUGGCCCACCUUGCAGCUGCGAUGCCAGUCGCCUUCCUUGAGCCAGAGCUGAAUGAGUUCAAUGCAUUUUCUGUUUACACCACCAAGACUCCCCGGGAAAGAACCAUUCUGGGUCUUCCCAGCCAAGUGGAGGAGCUGUGUCCUGACAUCCCAGAGCUAGAGAUCCUGAUGAAGGAGAUCCACGAUUUGGCCGAGUCAGGGGCACGCUACACGGAAAUGCCUCACGUGAUCGAGAUCACGCUGCCCAUGCUGUGUAAUUACCUCCCGCGCUGGUGGGAGAGGGGCCUGGAGAACUUCCCCGAACUGGAGGGCCAGAUCUGCACCUCGGUCACAUCUGAGCACCUCAACCAGCUCCUGGGUAGCAUCAUGAAGAUUGUGGUCAACAACCUGGGUAUCGACGAAGCGUCCUGGAUGAAGAGGUUGGCAGUGUUCGCUCAGCCCAUUGUGAGCCGGGCCAAGCCGGAGAUGCUCAAGUCCCACUUCAUCCCCACCAUGGAGAAGUUGAAGAAGCGUUCGGGCAAGGUAGUGGCCGAGGAGGACCAUCUGCGCAUGGAAGGCAAAACAGAGGUGGACAGCGAGAACGGAACCAUCCGAGACGAGUUUGCCGUGCUGUGCCGGGACCUCUAUGCCCUCUACCCUUUGCUCAUCCGCUAUGUGGACAACAACAGGGCGAGAUGGCUGACGUCUCCUGAUCCUGACGCAGAGGAGCUCUUCAGGAUGGUGGGCGAGGUCUUUAUUUUCUGGUCCAAAUCUCAUAAUUUCAAGCGCGAGGAGCAGAACUUUGUGGUGAUGAACGAGAUCAACAACAUGUCCUUCCUCACUGCCGACAGUAAGAGCAAGAUGAGCAAGGCCGGAGACGGAGAGUCUGGAGGCUCCGAGCAGGAGCGUACCAAAAAGAAACGGCGGGGGGAUCGCUACUCGGUGCAGACCUCACUCAUUGUGGCGGCGCUGAAGAAGAUGCUUCCCAUUGGCCUAAAUAUGUGCUCCCCUGCAGACCAGGAGCUCAUCAACCUUGCCAAGAUCAGAUACUCGCUGAAAGACACCGAUGAAGAAGUAAGGGAAUUUUUGCACAACAAUCUUCAUCUCCAAGGCAAAGUGGAGGACCCAGCCAUGCGCUGGCAGAUGUCUCUGUACAAGGAGAUGUCUGGGAAGGCUGAAGAUGCCGAAGAUCCCGAGAAGGUGGUCAAAAGGGUCCAAGAGGUGUCUGCUGUUCUGUACCACAUUGAGGUGACAGAGCAUCCUUUCAAGUCUAAGAAGAUGGUGUGGCACAAGCUGCUGUCCAAACAACGUCGGAGGGCCGUGGUGGCCUGCUUCAGGAUGACGCCCCUCUACAACAUACCCACGCACAGAGCCACCAACAUGUUUCUGGACGCCUACAAGCGCAACUGGUUGGAGACAGAGGGCUACUCGUUUGAGGACAAGAUGAUUGACGACUUGUCGAAAGCCCUGGAGGAAGAGGAGGAGGAGGAAGAAGAGACUGAGACCAAGCCCGACCCGCUUCAUCAGCUCAUUCUGCAUUUCAGCCGAACCGCUCUCACAGAGAAAACAAAACUUGACGUUGACCACCUCUAUAUGUCAUACGCUGACAUCAUGGCAAAGAGUUGCCAUAUUGAUGAGGACGACGAAGGGGAUGAACAGGAGGGUGAAGAGCCAUCCUUUGAGGUGCGGCAGACAGAGAUGGAAAAGGAGAUGGAGAAGCAGAGGCUCCUGUAUCAACAGUCCCGCCUGCACAACCGCGGAGCCGCCGAGAUGGUCCUGCAGAUGAUCAGUGCCUGCAAAGGUGAGCCCGGAGCCAUGGUUUCUUCCACUCUCAAACUGGGAAUCUCCAUCCUCAAUGGAGGCAACUGUGACGUGCAACAGAGAAUGUUGGACUACCUGAAGGACAAAAAGGAUGUCGGAUUCUUCCUGAGCGUUCAAGCUCUGAUGCAAACAUGCAGCGUUUUGGACCUGAAUGCUUUCGAGAGACAAAACAAGGCUGAAGGACUUGGAAUGGUGUCAGAAGAGGGCACCAAUAAGAAGCUCGAACGUGAUGAGAAAGUGAUGGCAGACGAUGAAUUCACCUGCGACCUCUUCCGCUUCCUGCAGCUUCUGUGCGAGGGCCACAAUAACGAUUUCCAGAACUACCUGAGGACCCAGACAGGGAGCACCACUACCAUCAACGUCAUCAUCUGCACGGUGGACUACCUGUUACGACUACAGGAGUCCAUAAGUGACUUCUACUGGUACUACUCGGGCAAGGACAUCAUUGAUGAGCCCGGUAAGAGGAACUUCUCCAAAGCCAUGACGGUGGCCAAGCAGGUCUUCAACAGCUUGACUGAGUACAUCCAGGGUCCGUGUACGGGCAACCAGCAGUCUUUGGCUCACAGCAGGCUGUGGGACGCUGUGGUAGGCUUCCUGCACGUAUUCGCUCACAUGAUGAUGAAGCUGGCUCAGAUGCAUCCUGAUCCGGGACAACAAAAUGGCGACUCAAGUCAAAUCGGACUGUUGAAGGAGCUGUUGGAUCUGCAGAAGGACAUGGUGGUGAUGCUUCUGUCUCUCCUGGAAGGCAACGUUGUAAAUGGCACCAUCGCCAAGCAGAUGGUGGACAUGCUGGUGGAGUCCUCCAGCAACGUGGAGAUGAUCCUCAAAUUCUUCGAUAUGUUCCUCAAGUUGAAGGACAUUGUGGCGUCCGAUGCCUUCCGCGACUACGUCUCCGACCCCCGUGGGCUCAUCUCCAAAAAGGAGUUCUCAAAAGCCAUGGACAGUCAGAAGCAGUACUCCCCCUCGGAAAUCCAGUUCCUCCUGUCCUGCUCCGAAGCCGAUGAGAACGAGAUGAUCAACUUUGAAGAGUUUGCCGAUCGCUUCCAGGAGCCUGCCAAGGACAUUGGUUUCAACAUCGCUGUCCUUCUCACCAACCUAUCGGAGCAUGUGCCACACGACACGCGCCUGCAGAACUUCCUGGAACAGGCCGAGAGCGUACUCAACUACUUCCGCCCUUUCCUGGGCCGCAUCGAGAUCAUGGGUGCCAGCCGCAAGAUCGAGCGCAUCUACUUUGAGAUCAGCGAGGCCAACCGCAACCAGUGGGAGAUGCCACAGGUGCGCGAGUCUAAGCGGCAGUUCAUCUUUGACGUGGUCAACGAGGGUGGCGAGAGCGAGAAGAUGGAGCUCUUUGUCAACUUCUGCGAGGACACCAUCUUUGAAAUGAACAUCGCCGCCUCCAUCUCAGAGCCUGAGGGAGACGGUGCUGAUGAGGAGGACGACGAGGAAGAGGAGGAGGAGGCGGCCAAGGAAGGUGAUGCCGGUGAAGGGGAGGAAGGCAAUGGCGGAGCGGUAGCUCCGGAGUCCACCUCAGCCUUUGUGGACUUCCUCGCCAGCGUGGUGAACUUCUUCAACAUGUUCACCUUCCGUAAUAUGCGGCGGCGCUACCGCAAACUGCGGAAGAUGACGGUGAAGGAGAUGGUGAUAAGCCUGGCCACAUUCGUCUACACGGUCCUCAUAGGCAUCCUGAUGUUUGUCUACAGCAUCUGCAAGGGCUUCUUCAUGCUCAUUUGGAAAGUGCUCUUCGGCGGAGGCCUAGUGGAGGGCGCCAAGAAGAUGACAGUGACUGAGAUCCUUGCCAGCAUGCCUGACCCUACGCAGGACGAAGUUCACGGCGACCUGCCACCCGAGCUGGGAGCGAGAGAGGUUCAAGAUGCUGACGUAGCAGCUGAUUUGGAUGCAGUGGGAGGCGAGGAGGAAGAGGAGGAUGGCGAGGAACGGGAAGGUGGACGUCUGCCUGGUUUCAACACUCCUGGGGGACUUGGAGACUUUGGGGAGACGACGCCGGAAGAACCGCCCACUCCUGAGGGCACGCCGCUGCUUAAGAGGAAGCUGUUGACUGCUGCUGGUGAAGGACAGGAAGAGGAAGGAGGAGAAAUCGUUGAAACUGAAGAAGAGGCCGCUCCAGAAACAGAGAAAGCUGACACUGAGAGCGACGAAAAAAAGCCAGAUAAGGCAGAGCCCGAGCCCGAGGUCAAAGAGGAAGUGUCCGAGGAGCCUGAUGAGCCGGUGAAAACCAAGGUGAAGAAGGAGAGGAAAGCGGCUGAGGAAGGCUUUGAGCUGUGGAACGAGCUUGAGGUCCAGAGGAUUAAAUUCAUGAACUACCUCUCUAGAAACUUUUACAAUCUGCGCUUCUUGGCCCUCUUUAUCGCUUUUGCCCUCAACUUCAUCCUGCUCUUCUACAAGGUUUCCGACAGUCCGCCAGGCGAAGAGGAUUUUGAAGGUUCUGGUCUUUUUGAAAGCGCUUCAGUAUUGUUCGAAGGCUCAGGUGCUGAUGAGGAAGGAUCUGGAUUCGAAGAUGGAGGAGAGGACGACGAAGACGAAGGCCCCCUGUACUACUUCCUGGAGGAGAGCACUGGAUACAUGGAGCCAGCGUUGGCAUUCCUCAGCAUCAUCCACACCAUCAUCUCCUUCCUCUGUAUCAUCGGCUACAACUGCCUCAAGGUUCCUCUGGUUAUCUUCAAGAGAGAAAAGGAGCUGGCCAGAAAGCUAGAGUUCGACGGCGUCUAUGUGACCGAGCAGCCUGAAGACGACGAUAUCAAGGGACAGUGGGACAGACUGGUGCUCAACACUCCAUCCUUCCCCAACAAUUACUGGGAUAAAUUUGUGAAAAGGAAGGUGUUGGAUAAAUACGGCGACAUCUACGGCAGAGAGAGGAUCGCAGAGCUGCUGGGCAUGGACUUGGCCUCCCUGGAUGUCAGCGCCAUGACGCAUGAUAAAAAGCCAGAGCCUGACAACUCUGUGUUCAGCUGGAUAACCUCCAUAGACAUCAAGUACCAGAUCUGGAAGUUUGGUGUUGUGUUCACUGACAAUACCUUCCUGUACCUGGUCUGGUACAUGCUCAUGUCUAUGCUCGGACACUACAACAACUUCUUCUUCGCUGCUCACCUGUUGGACAUCGCCAUGGGCGUCAAAACCCUGCGCACCAUCCUGUCCUCAGUCACCCACAACGGCAAACAGCUGAUGAUGACGGUGGGUCUACUGGCCGUGGUGGUGUACCUCUACACCGUGGUGGCUUUCAACUUCUUCCGCAAGUUCUACAACAAGAGCGAGGACGAGGAUGAGCCCGACAUGAAGUGUGACGACAUGAUGACGUGCUAUCUAUUCCACAUGUACGUUGGCGUGCGAGCUGGCGGUGGCAUUGGCGACGAGAUCGAGGACCCGGCCGGCGAUGAAUACGAGCUCUACCGAGUGGUCUUCGACAUCACCUUCUUCUUCUUUGUCAUUGUCAUCCUGCUGGCCAUCAUUCAGGGUUUGAUCAUUGACGCCUUCGGGGAGCUAAGAGAUCAACAGGAGCAGGUCAGGGAGGACAUGGAGACAAAGUGCUUCAUCUGCGGAAUCGGCAGCGACUACUUCGACACGACGCCGCACGGCUUCGAGACGCACACUUUAGAGGAACACAACUUGGCUAAUUACAUGUUCUUCCUGAUGUAUCUCAUCAACAAGGAUGAAACUGAGCACACGGGACAGGAGUCCUAUGUGUGGAAGAUGUACCAAGAACGCUGCUGGGACUUCUUCCCUGCAGGCGACUGCUUCCGAAAGCAGUAUGAAGAUCAGCUGGGAUAACACGGAGGAGAAAGAUGGAAGAGGGUGAUUGAGAAGGGAGGCCUGAUAUGAAUCAAUAAGUCAACAAUGCUAUGCACACUUUGACUGCAGCAUCCGAUUCAAUCAAACAAUAACAUCACGGGAGAUGCGCUUUUUUUCUAAACGACUAUGUCCGUAGAUUGCCUUGCUUCUACACAAACGCACACGCACACCCGAUACUGUUGUCAGCAUCACAGCUCUUCUACACUCCAAAGUGUGCCUGAACGCAUCGUGUUCAUGAAACAGACAGAAUGUGACUGUGUGGACGCUGUGUUUUAGUGCCUAUAGCAAAGUCACUGCUUUUUGUUUUGUUUUGUUUGUAGAUGCUUUAUUUGUUGAAGGAAUGCUUUAGAUCAAAGAUUUUGGGUUUGAGGGACCCCUAAAAGGGGAGAAUUUUUCUCAAGGACCCCACUCAUAAUCUUAACCUCAAUUGAGCCACUUCGAACUAGAGUAGGGUGACUCCAUUUUUGUCAUUUUGCAGGAGAGUGUUUUAAAGUUUGAUGGCUGCAAUAAAAAUUUGGGGGAUAAUUUCUCAUGUAUAAUGUGCAUUUCCCCCUCAAAAAAUGGUCAAAAGUCAAUAGUGCGCAUCAUACAUAGGUAUAGGAGAAAAUGACAGAUUUUCACAUUUUAUAAAUGUAUGCUGCCAUCUAGAGGUUAUGAAAAAGCUGUACACUUUCAUUCCAAUAGGCCACCGCCCCCGAGAGGUUAUGAAAAAGUUGUACACUUCCAUUCUAGUAUGCCACCUAGUGGGAAUGAAAAAGGUGUAGCCUACACUUUCAUUCCAAUAUGACGUCAUGGGUACAUAUGAUUGUUUAUAUGUACAGUUGUGCUCAUAUAUUUACAUACCCAGGCAGAA